AAAAGUUGAGCAUGCCUAGAGCUGAAUGAUAUAAAAGCUUCACAAAGAGUAGCAAUUGUGAUUCGAUUUUACACGUAUCAUCUAAACUGCUCCAACAUCGACGUUCAUACGAUUUUGAAUUGCUAUGGAAUAAUUCUGGACUCUUUUGAGCUGAUCUCCGUGUAUUAUCUUGUAACGGAAUAAAGAAGGGCAACGAGCUCGAGCCUCGUAAAUCACCUGCGAAAGUCUCGGUGAAGAGUUAGUCAGAACAGACAACCGACAACAUGAGCUAUGGUGGAGGUUACCCACCAGCACCGGGUGGCUACCCUCCUGCCCCUGGAGGAUACCCCCCUGCCCCAGGGGGUGGGGGAUAUCCACCUGCACCUGGCGGAGGUUACCCACCUGCCCCAGGAAGCAGCAGCUACCCACCUGCCCCUGGGGGAUACCCGCCAGCCCCCGGGGGUGGGGGAUAUCCACCUGCCCCAGGGGGUGGGGGAUAUCCGCCCCCAUCAGCACCAGGAGGAUAUCCGCCUGCACCGGGAGGCGGGGGUUACCCGCCAGCACCAGGGGGUGGGGGUUAUCCCCCAGCACCUGCCCCAGGGGGUUAUCCACAGUCCGGAUACCCACCAGCACCCCAGCCAACAGGUUAUCCACCAGCUCCAGCUGCACCAGCUAGCAUGCCAUCUGCUGACUAUGGUACUUCAAGUGGCUCUGCUGGGCUCCCAUAUAACCCCAAUCCCACCGGCAUGGGCUUUGCUGUUCCGCCCACAUCUGUGCAAUAUAACGAUCCGUACGCAGCCCAGCUAGGCCUUGGUGGAGCGGCUUAUGCUGCGUCUGCCUUCCGACAUCCCACUGCUGCCCCCACCCCUGCUCCAAGUGGUCCGCCCAUGCCGACACCUCAGUACAAUGCGCCCCCAAGUCAAGGGAUGCCGCCCCCACAGUCGUCCCCUGCUAAGCAGGCACCUGUUGUACCAACUCAGCAGAUGGCUACUAUGACCAUAGCGCCUAAGACAAUCAAGCGGGGAACAGGAACUGUGAAGGAGAAGGUCAACUUUAACGGUCAAAAGGAAGCGGAGAUUCUCAGGAAGGCAAUGAAGGGAAUAGGUACUGACGAGAAGGCUAUCAUUAGUGUGGUAGCUACAUGCUCCAAUGCUCAGCGCCAAAGAAUCUUGCUUGACUACAAAACAAUGUAUGGAAAGGACUUGGUAAAAAACCUGAAGAGUGAACUCAAGGGAAAACUGGAGGACGUGGUUGUAGGCCUGAUGAUGACCCCGGCAGUGUUUGAUGCUCACCAACUCAGGAAAGCAAUGAAGGGCCUUGGAACCGAUGAAGCUAUUCUUAUAGAGAUUCUGUGCACAAGAACAAACCAGGAGAUACACACUAUCAAAGAAACCUACAAGAAAGAAUUCUCCAGAAACCUUGAGAAGGACGUGGUAUCGGAAACAUCCGGCCACUUCCAGAGAUUACUGGUGUCCAUGACGCAAGGAGCGAGGAGCGAAGACCCGACCGUGAAUCAAGCAAAGGCUAAGGCAGAUGCACAGGCUCUCUGGGACGCAGGAGAGAAGAAGUGGGGCACUGAUGAGUCUAAGUUUAACGAGAUCUUGGCCUCGCGCAGUUUCCCACAACUGCGAGCGACAUUUGACGAGUACAGCAGGCUUGGCAAAUACUCAAUUGAGCAGUCGAUAAAGAGGGAAAUGUCGGGAGAUCUGGAGAAGGGAAUGCUCACCAUAGUUGACUGCGUGCGGAACACACCAAAGUACUUUGCCAUGAAGCUGUACAAAUCGAUGAAGGGUAUUGGCACGGACGAUGACACACUGAUGCGAGUCAUCAUCUCUCGCAGUGAGAUCGACAUGAUGGAAGUCAAGCAAGAAUUCCACAGGGAUCACAAGCAGACCCUGGGCAAAUUCAUAGCUGGGGACACAUCUGGUGAUUACAAAAAGAUUCUCUUGGAACUGGUUGGUGGAGAGUCAUAAAGGCGCCAGACUAUCCGUUCAAAGGUAAUCCUGAGUGUUACAAGGUUCCAUCUUGGAGUACAGCUAUACCCUCUCAAGUUCCAGUUUGUUUGGUUAUAUUGUCUUCAUGUUGUCUAUAUAUUUUUUGUGGUAUGUCAAAACUUGAUGUGUAUUUACUUGAUAUCAGUGUGAAGUGUGUCUAACCCUAACCCACCCAAAUCCUCCAAAUUCCUUUUCUGCAAAGUGGAGGAAUUAGGAAGAUUCAGGGUGUAUGGAAAAAUUGUAUGGCUGAUUUUGAAGGAUGCCAUACAUGAAGGUCUUGGAUUGGACCUUAUCUUGUCUGUGCUUAGUCAAUCUCAAAUUCAGCCCGAUAUUUCUUUUGAAUCAACCGCACAAGAAUGCCAUUCGCACUGCCUUAACAUAAUGACAGGAAUU